UUUCCCAUAUUUAAUUCUAAAGAUUAUGGGUUAGAUGGAAGUUGAAAACUAAAAAUUGAAAAUGAAUUAUACUUAGAAAACAGUGGGAGAAAAUAAUAUUCAUAUCCAUAUUUUUAGUACUAUAUUCUAAGGCAACCACCAAGUUUCUUCUCACUUGGUGGUGGGAUCGGCUAUAUUUUAAAGCAACUAAUUUACAAUGACUUUUCUUUCAUGCAGGGGAUAUUGAGUCCAUGCCUUUUAUUGAAGCACUGCUGGAACCGUAUUUAUGCAGUUUAAUUUGUUAAUUUCAUGGUUUUGAUGGUUUUCUUUUUUUCUUUUUUCUUUUAAAAUUGAAUUUCAUACUUUUGCAUUUUAAGUGGUUUAAGUUCAUGCAAUAUCCUAAACCUUUUCCUUUGAAUUUAUCCUAAAGUGUUUGGGUCUUCAAACUAAUUCCUUUAUCAUUUACAGUGUUGCAGCAGAGCCUAAUUUGAAGGAGUCGACUGCAAGGAAAAAAAUUUAUGACAGAUGUGAUGAAACUUGGCCAAUGUGGAGCUUACAACAAUUGUUACGUGCCUCAGGUUAGAAUUCCAAUGGUGGGAAAAUACACAGGCCUUUCAGAUGCAUAUCUUUCUGUUCUGAAGGGCGUUGAUGGUGUUCUAGUUCCAAGAGGUUUUGGUGAUGGAGGAGUGCAAGGGAAAAUUCUUGCGACUAAGUAUGCUGGAGAACAUAGUGUUCCAUUUUUGGGCAUUUGCUUGGGGAUGCAAAUUGUUGUCAAUGAGUAGAGAUUUGUUCAUGGGUAGACAAUGUGAAUCAACUACUACUGCAUCAUUUAACACAAGUGUAUAUGAAUCAUUUAAAUAUGCAUAAUAUAAAUGAUGUAUUAAAUAUUACACUAUUUAAUGUUUGAAAUGAAUUUUAUUUUGUUAGUUUCAUUAAA